AUGAUGCCAUCUCUCAUACCGUUCAGUGUUCGUGAUAUUUUGAAUGAAAAUCAUAUCGAUACGAUGGAUUCGUACAAUUCCCAUGGCCAGACAUCCCACAAUUAUAAUUUGUCACAGGAUUAUUAUGGAUACAAUUCAACUCCGGACAAUCAUUGGGACAUGAUUGAUAAGUACAAAGAGCAAUUGCCCUCCUCCAAUCACCAAAUAAAUAAUCAAAACUAUUCCGACUUGAGCGGGAUGCAGCAGCAACAACCCUUGGGACAUAUUCAAACUUCUUAUCAAGAAAAUACUCACGUUGAAGAUGGAAAUAUCGUGACGUCUAGUAAAACAGAGUUGAGGAAAAAUCAGUCUGGAAAAAGAACCAAAAGAAAACCCCGGGUUUUAUUUUCUCAAGCUCAAGUUUAUGAAUUGGAGCAGCGUUUUAAACAGCAACGUUAUCUGAGUGCCCCAGAACGCGAAGUGUUGGCGUCAACUUUGAAGCUCACGAGUACUCAAGUCAAAAUUUGGUUCCAAAAUCGCCGAUACAAGAACAAACGAGCCCGAAUCGAAGACGCCGAAAAACACGUACAAUCUCAUAACAUUAAAAAUCAACCACCAGUUAAGAAAAUAAACGUUCCUGUGUUGAUAAAGGAUGGAAAAUUGAACACUCGUGAUUCUGGAGGGGUAAAUUACUGGAGCAGUGGAUUCAGACCUGAUCACAUAAGUUCCCAAGACAUUCAACCCGAUUUUUGUCACGUUAAGUUGAGCCCUGACUACAGGCUAAAUGACGUACGACAAGACUCGACGAGUAUCUCUACUGAAUUUAAAAAUAAUUUUAGCCCCAAUCAAGAUAUUAAUCGGCACGGUUUUUCCUCAUCAAUCGAUUAUCGAGCCAAUAAUUUUGGUUCUUCGGGAAUGAAAAGCAUUAAGACUGAAUACAAAGACUUUAACGAUAUUUCUUCUAAUUUUACAGAGUUUAAGCCUGUUUCUUCUGAUAACAAUAAAUCAGGCUCGAUAUUUAAUAAUGAAAAUCGUUCUAUUAUGGAUAUAUCGGGGAAUGACUUUGGGUUUUCAAACUACACUAAUCCCUCUAAUUAUCAAAUAAGUUAUGUAUGGAUUCUGACAGGUUGA